GGGCCAUGAGGGCGGUGUCCGGCCAUGGCCCAUGGCAGCGCGGCGGUCAUGCUCAAGUGCGUGGUGGUGGGGGACGGCGCCGUGGGCAAGACGUGCCUGCUGAUGAGCUACGCCAACGACGCCUUCCCCGAGGAGUACGUGCCCACCGUCUUCGACCACUACGCAGUCAGCGUUACCGUCGGGGGCAAGCAGUACCUGCUGGGGCUGUACGACACCGCCGGACAGGAAGACUAUGAUCGUCUGAGACCUUUAUCUUAUCCUAUGACCGAUGUCUUCCUUAUCUGCUUCUCAGUGGUAAACCCUGCUUCAUUUCAAAAUGUGAAGGAAGAGUGGGUACCAGAGUUGAAGGAAUAUGCACCUAAUGUUCCCUUUUUACUAGUAGGAACACAGAUUGAUCUUCGUGAUGACCCAAAAACUCUGGCAAGACUGAAUGACAUGAAAGAGAAGCCCAUAUCUGUGGAGCAAGGACAGAAGUUGGCUAAAGAGAUAGGAGCCUACUGCUAUGUGGAGUGUUCAGCUUUAACGCAGAAAGGACUGAAGACCGUUUUUGAUGAAGCUAUUAUAGCCAUUCUAACUCCAAAGAAACACACAGUGAAGAAGAGAAUAGGCUCAAGAUGCAUAAACUGCUGUUUGAUCACGUGAACCACAUUUGACAAUGGCCAGGCUUACUGUGAAAUUCUACUGAAUUUAAACACAAUGCAUUAAGUACACGGCAAAGUUGUUACAGGUUUGAAAGCUAAAACGAUGGUUCUGCCUUCUACAACUAGUGAAAUCCAGAGGAAUAAAAUCAGACUCAACAAACUUGUAAUAAGAA